GUUCCGGGAGGGGGGGCACCUCUGGGCCAGCGCCGCAGCCUCGCCAAGCGGGGCCCCGCCGCAGCCAGGAAGGGCAGGGCGGGCACGGGGCGGGGAGCCGAGCGCUGGGCUCGGACACCUCCUGCUGCCCUCGCCCCGGUCAGGGCAUCCCCGAGGGUGUGCGGGGGCCGCCCUCUUUGCCGGGGACCGCUCCGCGGCUCCGUGCCCGUCUCCAGCCCUGCCUAUACCCGAACCUCUCGCCUCCACCCUGCCCCGCUUCCCUUCUCGCCACUCCGCAGUGCCACUCGGCUUGGAUACCUCUGUCCAGGGCCCAUGCUGUGCUUUUUCCUUGUUACAGAGCUGUCAUAAACAGUUUAGCGCUGAAAACGGCUUAUUUCAACAUACAGCCCCUGUCGCUGUCUCUGCGCUGUCGGCAGCUCUUUCCCUCGCACCUAGGUGGCUUUGGAGGAGUUUUUCAGACUGAAAGAUCUGUGUAUUGACACGCUGAGAGAGACAACUCUGUUUCAGUGAUAAAUGAGUUUCAGAAGAGUUGUAAAUUCAAGCUGCAACUCUCUUGAAUUUGGAGGACUCCCUCUCCAUCCACUUUCCACCUGGCAAGACUUGCAUAGCUUUCAGAAGAAGCAGGAGCAAUUAAAUUUAGAGUUUUUUUGGCAAAGAAGUGAGAACUCAAGAAAAUGACUCUCAUUAUUUUUUUUGUAAUGUUGAUCACGGAAUCUGCCACUGAGAAGCUGUGUCCCCUUCGUGCCUCCAUUGAUGUUCUAGAAGGGGAAUAUUUUUUCCUUUGUUAUCUUGGGUCAAGACAAGAACAUUUUCAGGAAGAAGCGUGCACAAUAACCUGGUACAAAGAAAGUGCUGGAAAGCAGCAAUUGAUAAAGGAAACACACAGAAUUGUUUCACAAAAGAAUUUUUUGGAGUUUUGGCCAGCUGAACUCAGUGACUCUGGGAAUUAUUCUGUCAUUCACAGCAAUGGAAAACAAAAUUUCACAGUUCAAAAGUGGACCUUGAACGUACUUGAAAUAAAUAAAAGCAGCUGUUUCAAUGAAAAUCAUUUAACUACAGAAAUUAAAAGUGCUGGAACUGGUCAUUCACUGAAAUGCAAUGAUUUGUCUGUCUAUGAAAAUGACAGUGUAACAUGGUACAAGGACUGUAAGAAUUAUGAACAUGCAACAGAGAGGGAACUAAAUUUUAGAACCUUAACAGUACAGAACUCUGGGAUAUAUACCUGUAAAAUUUUAAUCAGUCAUGAAGGAAAGAUAUACCACAGCACAAAUACAAUUAAACUUGUAGUAGAAGAAGAUGCAUCAGAGGCUGUCACUUUGGAGAUAGUUGGACAUCAUGAAGAAAUUGAAACAGAAAUAGGUAAAGAGGAGAUACUCAAUUGCACAGGUUUCUUGGGUUAUUAUAUGCAAGAAGAUGCCAGUCUCUACUGGUUAAUUAACCAAACAUUUCCAGAACCAUGCACAGGUAUCCCUGAGAAUGAACCUUCAAUAUGUGAAGAAGAACUCAAAAAACUACAGUUGGGAAACAAGUUCUAUAUUACAAGGCUACUACGGAUCAAAAAAAUAAGAGAGAAGGACUUGCAUCAUAAUUUCACCUGCAUGUUGCAAGCUGAUGAAAGCACACAGAUAAGAAUAGUAAAACUGAAGACAGGGAAGACUCAAGACCUGCCUGUGCACAUAUUUACCACUGGAAUGGUCCUUGCUCUGCUAUUUCCAUUUGUUGCUGUAGCUGUGGUGUUUGUGUUUGUGAUAUUUAGGGUCGACUUUGUUCUAUUUUACAGAUAUGUAUGCAGGAGAGAUGAUACUGCUGGAGAUGGAAAAGAAUAUGAUGCAUUUGUGUCUUACCUGAAAGACUGUGUCUCUCCUAUUGAUGAAGAGAGAGAAUUUGCUUUGAAGAUACUGCCCAUGAUAUUAGAAGAAAACUUUGGGUACAAGUUAUGUAUAUUUGAGAGGGACAUAUUCCCCGGAGGAGCAUUUGUUGAUGAUAUCCAUUCAUUCAUUGAUAAAAGCAGAAGAUUAAUCAUUAUACUGAGCCAGAACUACGUUUCUGACAGAGCCAUAUACGAACUUGAGAGUGGACUGCAUAAAGCUCUAGUUGAAAGGAAAACUAAGAUCAUAUUAAUUGAAUAUAUGCCUAUAAGUGACUACAAUUUCUUGCCAGAAUCACUGUCACUUUUACCAUCAAGGAGGGUGGUGAAGUGGAAAAAAGAGAAAUCUCUUCCUGUGAAUUCCAGAUUUUGGAAGAACCUUCGGUACCUGAUGCCAGCAAAGCCUAUCAAGAUAAAGACCAAAGGGCACUAUAAUAAUCUUGACCUAGGCUCAGAAGCUGCCCGACCCUGGAUUGAGGGCUGUGACUUUAAUGCAAUUAUAUAACAAUUCUGGAGAAAGAAGGUGUAGCAGAAAACAAUAUGUUUUGUUAAUUAAUAAAAUGAAAUAAAUGAAUAUUUUGGGUAAUAAUGUUGAUUGAGAGGCCAGCUCUGAGAUCUGAGGAGAAUGCAGAAGUUACUGCAGUGGGCAGGAUGAUGUUAACCCCAAUUGCUAAAUCCUAUCUCAGAGAAGGUUUCCUCAGCAAUCUGUGCAAGGAGCAGAAGUUUCAUUCCGCUUAGGACCUGAAACAUGGCGUGAAGCACAAUGAAAAACAUUUUUAUUUCACAGUUUUCAGUGAUGGAGAAUGAUAUUAUUUUUACUUGCAUAUACUUUUUAGGCCCUUCAAUAAAUAAAUCAGUACUUGCAAUCUCCUAUUAUUA